ACCACCACGUCAUGGCCGGUUAGAGGCGAACCUGCGUGUGUGUGUAUGUGUGUGUAUGUGUGUGUGCGCACACAGCGUAACUCUUCUUUUCCCUUCGCUCUCCGUCACUGGCGUGGCCCAGCGAGUUGUUUCCAAGAUGUCAGCGGCUCCCGUUCAGAGAGUAAUAUUUGGCAGCACUCAGGAGAGGAGACUGCUUCCUCUCUAUUACGCACCAGACCGGCUGGGAAACAAAAUGUCACGAGAGGAGGCGCCACAUCUCGGCCCUGGCUGCUAUGACAACCAAGAGUUCGGCUCCAUACAAACUGAGUGUCACAGGAAACCAGAGAGUAAGAAAGGAUAUGGUCUCUCUGCCAGGACUGCAGCACGGUUCCCCCCCUGUGGCAAGAAGGCGACCCCUUCCCCCCAGCAAUACCAGCAGGAUCAAAGCCAGUCCAGAGUCCCCCCUCCCAGCAAAACACCGUUCAACUCAACCCAGCCGAGGCUCCAAAGCAUGUCCUGUACAGCCGAGCACAGUCCAGGCCCUGGGACCUACGCUCUUGACGCAGUGACAAACAGGAAAGUGAGCUGGCCGAUGUGCUUUGGGAACCCAGACUGGUCCAAACUGCCUCAGCUGCAGAAGAAGUCACUCAGGGUGAAGCUGAACAGUGAGAAGGAGUUCCUGAAGCACAGGAGCAGAGUGGCCUACCUGAGUUUGUAUUAUUAACUCUAAAACUGAUGGAUGAAAACCUCUCAUGAC